UACACAGCAUUUUUUUGCAUUAUUUUGCGUAAAAAUAACUUAGGUGCUACAUUUUCUUGUUCCGUUUACCAAUUUUUAUUCCAAAGAAGCAACUUUUAUUCUUUCAAGGCUCCAGUUUCAGAAUCCCACUUCUCCAGCUUCCCCUAACAAUAUUAAUUUUCAGCAAGAAUUGGGAUUGUUUGGAUUAAGAACUUCGAAAGCCAAAUCGAGAAUUUGAGAGAGCAAGAGAUGAGCAGCAAUAAGAACAAAGUGUUAAUAGUAGGAGGCACUGGCUACUUAGGCCAGCACCUAUUACAAGGCUUCUCUGAAAAUCAAGAAACAUCACAAUAUGCCUUAGCAUUCACGCAUUACACAAGCCCUCCACCGCAGCCAUUGCUGGAUGCCAUUCCUCAAGCUCUCCCCUUUCAUGUCGAUUUACGUACUGGUGAUGGGUUUGAUGCCAUCUCCCAGAAAUUCGGGCAUCCUGAUAUAGUGGUUAAUUGUGCUGCCCUUUCUGUUCCUCGUGCUUGUGAGAUGGAUCCUGCUGGUGCCAUGUCUAUAAAUGUGCCUUCUGCUCUUGUUGAAUGGAUGUCGAGCUUCAAUAAUAGCAAUGCUCUUCUCAUUCAUUUGUCAACUGAUCAAGUUUAUGAAGGAACCAAAUCCUUCUACAAGGAAGAAGAUGAAACUCUUCCUGUGAAUGUUUAUGGGAAAUCCAAAGUGGCAGCUGAGCAAUUUAUACGAACAAGCUGCUCAAACUUUACCAUUUUGAGGAGCAGUAUCAUAUAUGGGCCACAAACAGUCUCACCUGUUCCAAAGUCGCUUCCAAUUCAGUGGAUAGAUAGUGUCCUUGCCAAGGGUGAAACGAUUCAAUUUUUCUAUGAUGAGUACCGUUGCCCUGUUUAUGUCAAGGACCUUGUGCAUAUUAUACAAGCUUUGAGCAUCAGAUGGAUCUCAGAGGGCAAGCCAAUGCAAUUGGUGGUAAAUAUUGGUGGGCCAGCUAGGGUGUCCAGGGUUCAAAUGGCUGAGGCUGUUGCUCAUGUUGGAGGCCACAAGACCUCAUUAAUCAAUCCGGUCUCUGCAUUGUCGGUUGAUCGUGGUGUCAAUUCCCCUUCUGACAUAUCCAUGGAUAUCACUAAACUGAUUCAGACAGUUGGUAUCUCUCCUAUUACGUUUACAGAUGGUGUCAGAUUGACUCUUGAAUGCUAAAGUCCAUUCCAUGCUUUGUGGGUUACUUCCUCCCUCAGUCAUGUUAUUUGUAACGCUCCCCUUGGGUCACUGAUCUGGUAAGGAUGGUGCUUGUUGGAAUGAUGAGCGGUGGCUAGAGUAAUUGGUCUUAGAGAGUGUGACUGCCUGCACGAUCAUUACUGUGAACAAAUCCUUUUUAUUUGAUUUUGGGGAAUGACCUUAACUUGUAAUUUUGUUCCCUCUACACUGAAGAUUCUUCAUGCAUACGAACCUUUCACACACACGUAUUGUUUGCACCGAGUAAAAGAGCAACAAUAUUCAGAGGCUCUGAUUUUGCUCC